AUACUUUGUAAUCAUUUAGGAUGCCAUGUUUGUCAACUGUCUUUCUGACAGUGGAGUCAUGAACAGUGAACUUUAUUCUUUAAAUUAGCUAAAUUAAUCCUUGUAUCUGUAUUGAGGGUCUAAAUGUGUCAAAUAACACAGGGCUCUAACAGGGCUUUAGUUUAAUAGUUGUCCUAGACCCUGGUCUUUUCAUACUAACAUGACUAAAUAAAACUUCACAUUAACCUUGAUGUUGAUUGUUUUAUAUAUUUUUUUUCAUUAUAUGUGUCGGAAAGUACCUUUCACUUUCUAUUUCUUGGAAAUCAUUGACUUCAGGGUAGGAAGGGUUCUGCUUGAUCUAUUAUGUGUAAUGAGUAAGUAUAUCUCCCCACAAUGUGCAUAUUUCACUCAGUUAAAGAUUACAAUUAGAAUGUACACUGGAAUAUCAAAUAAUAGUUUAUACUAAACAAAAUAUAUGAAGCAAAAGUAAGUUCAUGGCACUUGCUAAAUUAUUGCAUUUAUUUUUUUUUUUUCUUUUUUGGUGUCUAAACCUUGAAAAAUGAUGGUAUGGUAUUUAUCAGUUUAGGUUGUUUAUAAAUAAUAAUAAUUUGCUUUUCCAAAAUAAUGUUUCUGAUGCAUAAACUAAGUGUAGCAUAGUACAGGAUCACUAGUUCUUUCCAAAAAGGGAGGGUCCUACAGGGUCUAUAUAAACAGACUGUACUGGGCAAGAUCAGUGCCUUGAAUUGUGGAUUGCCUACCAGUAAGAAGAAACCAGAGACCCAGGAGGAAGUUCACACAAACAUGAAAAAGUCCACACAGUCAGUAACCCGAGCUCAGGAUCAAGCCAGGAACCAUGGAUGUGUGAGCCGGCCAUGCCGUACUAAGCACCAAUCAGGCCUACAUAAACAGACUGUACUGGCCAAAACCAGUGCCUUAAAUUGUGGAUCGCCUAGCAGUAGGAGGAAACCAGAGACCCAGGAGGAAGUUCACACAAACAUGAAAAAGUCCACACAGUCAGUAACCCGAGCUCAGGAUCAAGCCAGGAACCCUGGGUGUGUGAGCCGGCCAUGCCGUACUGAGCACCAAUCAGAUAACCACCAGAGCAUAAUGAGCAACAAUAUGGAAACCAAAAUUAAAAAUAAUAACAACUACAGUAUAAAAAGCACUGGUAAACCUUCAGUGUAUCUACUGAAUAUGAAGGACACAGGAAGAGAUCAGCUUCACAUAAAAGACUUUGGAUGUUUUUGUCAAAACAGAACUCAACAAAACAAAACAAUAAUGCUCCUGGGAGCCACUGGCUCUGGAAAGAGCACUCUCAUUAAUGGCAUGAUCAAUUACAUACUGGGAGUACAGUGGGGUGAUACAUGCAGAUUUAAACUGAUAGAUGAGCAGACCAAUAAAACACAAGCUGAGAGCCAGACUUCAGAGGUUACAGCAUAUCAGAUUCACUAUCAAAAUGACUUCCAAGUUCCCUAUUCAGUCACAAUCAUAGACACACCAGGGUUUGGAGACACAAGCGGAAUCACAAAAGACAAGGAGAUCAUUGAGAAAAUCAGAAUGUUCUUCUCUGAAAAAGAUGGCAUUCUUGGUCUUGAUGCUGUGUGUUUUGUGGUACAGUCAGCUUUAGCUCGACUAACCCACACCCAGAAAUACAUUUUUGAAUCUGUUCUUUCAAUCUUUGGAAAGGACAUUGCAAACAAUAUCACCUUUAUGAUCACCUUUGCUGAUGGGCAGAAACCUCCUGUCCUGGAGGCCAUUGAAGCUGCUGAUAUCCCGUGUAUAAAAGAGGGUGAUAAAAUCCUUCAUUUCAAAUUCAACAAUUCUGCACUUUUUGCUCAGAAUGAAGAGGUGGAUGAUGAUGAUGACAACUUUGAUGAAAUGUUCUGGAAAAUGGGAAAAGGAAGCAUGAAACGAUUCUUUAAUCACCUGGAGAAAAUGGAGACCAAAAGUCUUCAGCUCACAAAAGAGGUUCUGUCUGAACGCAAACACCUGGAGACAGUUGUAACCGGAGUGCAGCCACUCAUCCAAACUGGUCUGGCAAAACUUGAGGAAAUCAAAAUGACAACAGUAGCACUGGAACAAAACCAGAAUGUCAUAAAAGAAAACGAAAACUUUGAAUAUGAAGUUGAAGUAGAAAAGAGUAAGAAGGUUACACUUGAAAAGGGAAAAUUUGUAACAAAUUGCCAUGGCUGCAACUUCACCUGCCAUUAUCCAUGUGUAUAUUCAAACGAUGCAGAUAAAAGCAGAUGUUCAGCAAUGAAAAAUGGCAACUGUAAAGUGUGUCCUGGUAAAUGCCCCUGGAAUGUGCAUCACAACAUGCAAUUCAGAUUUGAAACUGAAAUUGUAAAACAGACGAGGACAUAUGCAAAUCUGAAAAAGCAAUAUGAAGAGGCUUUGGGGAAACAUAUGACAAUAGAGAAAAUCAUCGAUCAGUUGGAGGAAGAAUAUGAAGAUGUACAAGAAAAAGUCUUGCAGUUAAAUGAUCAACUUGCCAGGAGCCUGACACGUCUGAAGGAAAUUGCUCUUCGCCCAGAUCCCUUGUCCACACCAGGUUACAUUGAAUUACUGAUCGAGUCUGAGAAGCAGAUGGCCAAAGCAGGGUACAAAAAGCGCAUUGCUGAGUUGGAGGAGUUAAAAGAACGUGCUUUGAUUCUGGAGAAGGCGGAGAAAGGAGAACCACUUACUGAACAGGAGAAGCGUUUGAGGUCAAGGAAAACCAUUGCUCAGAAAUUAAAUGGUGUGUAUAACGAUAUAAAAAACUGGUUUAUAACAUAAUUGGGAAAAUAAAAAAGACCCAUAGCUUUGCAGUGCUAGAAUACUGUGUUGCCUGAGAGAAUAAUGACCUAAAUCGACUGCUUUUUGCAAAGAAAAUUAUUCAGCUUUUUAAUUGUUAGAAUUUAUUUUGAUCUUAAAUCCAGCUUAAAUUCUGAGUGUACAUCAGGUAAUUAAAGUCAGAUAAAUCUUUUCUUCAUUUUCAAUAUUCAUAUUACAUUUGUUUUUCUUGGAUUAAAGUAAAUGUGAUUUAUUUAAUUUUUUUUUUCCUGCUUAACUGCAUGUUAUUAUAGCAUAGUGUCUGCAGCAGCUUUUAAAGGCAAGUGACUAAUAAAAAACGAAGAUAUUGCAUUGUGAAUUAUAAUAUAUAUAAUCUUUCCUUUAUUUUUUUAAUAAACACUGCAUUAAUC